AUGGCUUCUGAUCCCUUCAUCUACCCCAACGGCAGCUCCUCCUCUUUCAUCCUUGUGGGUGUCCCCACCCUGGAAGCUUUCCCCAUCUGCCUGGGCAUCCUUUUCUGCUCAGCAUAUAUCAUCGCUUUGGUAGGAAAUGGUGUAGUUUUGCUUGUCAUUGGGCUGGACAAGUCCCUGCGUGACCCCAUGCAUUGCUUCUUGGGCAUGCUGGCAGUCAUUGAUGUGGUGAUGGUGACAUCCAUCAUCCCAAAGAUGCUGAGCAUAUUCUGGCUGAAUUCUACUGCGAUUGGUUAUGUGGCCUGUUUUGUUCAGAUGUUCCUUGUUCACUCCGCAACAUCAGAGGAGUCCGGAGUGCUCCUGGCCAUGGCUUUUGACCGCUACAUUGCAAUUUGUCACCCUCUCAGGUACCAAAGGAUCUUGAAUCGCCAAACAAUUGCCCGAAUAGGCCUGGCUGUCGUGGUGAGAGCUCUCCUUUUCAUAGUCCCAUUGGCAGGGAUGGUGACAAAGCUCCCCUAUUGCCGUUCCCUUGUGGUUCCCCAUUCGUAUUGCGAGCACAUGGCCGUGGUGAAGCUUGCAUGUGCAGACCCCAGACCUAUUAGAUUUUACUGUGUGUCUAUGUCCUCUCUUAUAGUAGGGAUGGACAUGGCAUUCAUUGCUGUGUCUUAUGGGAAGAUCCUUAAAGUCGUCGUGGAGAAGAAAUCGUGCUGGAAGGCCUUCCGCACCUGCGGAUGUCAUAUCUGUGCGAUGAUGCUGUAUUACAUCCCUGGGAUGGUCUCCAUAUACGCACAGCAAUUUGGCAGCAGUAUAUCUGUGCAAGCACAAGUUCUGCUAGCCGAUCUCUACCUCAUCCUCCCUGCCAUGCUGAACCCCGUCAUUUACAGCAUGAGGACCAAGCAGAUCCAUCAGGCACUGCUCAAAAUGUUAUUUUCCAGGAAGGUUCAUGCAUGA